AUGAAUAAGAAGAAAGUGGCCAUGGAUUCAAAAGAGUGGUCAUUGUUGCCUUUCGAGUUAUGUGAGGAAAUACUUUGUAGAGUUCCAACAAAAUCUCUUGUACGAUUCAAGUUAACAUGCAAAAGAUGGCUCGCUCUCUUCAUUGACAAGAGAUUCAUCAACAAGCAUGUGCCUCUUAUCCAGGAGGAAUAACUCAUACAUGAUCACAAGGUUAAGAUCAUCAAUCCCAUGAGCGGAGCUUGCUCAUCUUUAUCACUUCCAGACGAGUUUCAAGCUAAACCUCAGAUUCUUGCUAUGAUUCACUGCGACGAUUUAUUGUUAUGCAUCUUAGAAUCGUCUAUCGCAGUUUGGAACCCAUGUUUCAACCAAGUUAGAUAGAUCAAUCCCGAGAGUACUGAUCAUUUGAUUAAUUGUUUCUUUGGCAUUGGAUACAACAUUUUAUCUAGGGAUGGCUACAAGAUCGUGAUACUUUCCAGUAAACACAGAUAUCACUAUUCCAUCUACAAACUCAACUCCAACUCUUGGAAAAGUUUUAAAGUUUCUUUGGAUUGGCAUGAGGUUUGGCGUUGUAGAGUUGUGUCACUCAAAGGAUACAUGUAUUGGAUUGCUAAAUAUUGGAAUAGUAAAUCCAAAUACUUCAUCCAUAGUUUUAACUUCUUUAAGGAGUCAUUCGAGCCCUUGUGCUCUCUUCCAUUGGACUAUGGUGCAUGUGAUGAUGUUGUAGCUUUAUCAGCUUUUAGAGGAGAUAAACUUUCUUUGUUGCGCCAAAAGCUAAACAAUAGCAAGCUCAAAGUGUGGGUUACAAACAAGGUUAUCAAGAACGGAGUGGACAUCUCGUGGACCAAGGUGUUUGAUGUGAAGCCCGAUCUCCCGGUCAUACUGGGUGUUUUUGAUGAUAAUCUUGCAAAUCCGAUGCAUUUUAUUGAUAAGAAUAACAGGAUUGUGUUAGGUUGUGAGGAAGUAUUAGCAGAUGAAAAGAACGUGAGUGGCAACAUCUAUCUUAUUGGCGAGGGUGAGAUCACAAAACAAGAGAUAAAACGACAUGGACUAGGUUUUAGCUGGCCUUUUAUCUUUGGCUAUGGAUACUUUCCAAGUCUUGUUCGGGCUCUAACAUUAGAAACCGAAUGA